CUUGCCACCCUGUACGAUGCCGAGGGCUUUCCUGCUCCACGGAAGGGGUGGAGGCUCAUGGUGGCAGUGUUCCGCCAUGCUUACUGCGUGGGGCGGGCAGCCUCUGCGGGGCUGGAGCCGGACACACAGGAGAAGGAAAGUGUCACCCCUGAGAGAGCAGAAGAAGUGAAACUGAAGGCCAAAUACCCCAGCCUGGGCCAGAAGCCCGGAGGCUCCGACUUCCUCAUGAAGAGACUGCAGAAAGGG